AUGCGUGGCCUCUCUCCCGGUGCCUUGCAUCGUACCGCUGCUCAAGCAUCACCUCCAGCCACCCAUAUUCUCGCGAGCUCCCUGGCCGCCUCCACUAGCUCCUCCACCUCGUCCUGCAGCUCCCGACCGCCUCUUCGUUCGAUCGCAGGCUCUGCGUUCAUUCGUCCCACCGCUCGAUCAAUUGGGCUCCAAUCGCAGGGCCCUGGGCAGGCUGGCCGACUCGUUCAGACAUCAUCUAGCACCCAAGCCACUCCAGACCCCGGCUCGCGGACGGACCUUGGAGCAGUAGCUUGUGCCAGCAAACCGACGGAAAUCUUUUCCUCCCCUUGCGCUGACAUCCAUCACGAACAACAAAAGGAGCGACGACAGCAUCUGCCCGCAUCUCUAGUCUGCGCAUUUCUGCAUUGCGUACUCCUCCCGGUAGCGUACGAGUACCGUGGUGACAGCCUGGACAGCUGCAUGAGCCCUAGCAGCUAA